GAUUUACAAUUGUUCAUAAGCUUGAAGGGAUUUUCCAUUGUAACAAUCUGUUUUAGUGCGUCAUUAUUCGAGACAUCAAGCCGAAAACACCGCAUCAUUUUCUUAGCCGUUAGUAAAGCUCACAUCAACAGGCCGACAGAUCUCACCGCCGCCGACAUUCCGCUUGAUCGACAUGGAAAAGACGGUCGAGAGUAUCUUCGAGCAGAACUGAAAGCGAAAGGACAAGCGGAUACUGUAGAGGAUAUGCUUCGAGUUGGAUUUCACUGGCCACCACUGGUCACCGUUAACCACCUACACAUGCAUAUCAUCUACCCUAUCAGCGAGUUAUUAAAAUCAUUGGCUCACUUCAUCAAAAAGGGCGACCUGUCCAAUCCAUGUAAACAUCCAAAC